AUGGAAGGUUGCUUUGCUACGUAUCAUGUGUUGGAGGAGAUAUUAGUUGGAGACAUACGCAAAGAGCGAGUCUUAAAAGUUGUUCUUAAUAAGGAAAACCAUGAUUUCAAAUGUGAAUGCUCAUUAUUUGAGUUUAGAGAUAUUGUGUGUCGGCAUGUGUUAUCCGUGUGUAGUCAGGAGAGGAUUAUAAGUCUUCCAGAGAAGUAUGUUUUAACGAGAUGGAAGAAAAAAAUUAAAAGGAAGCAUUCAUAUAUCAAGACUAGUUAUGGUGUAACAGAGUUGAAGCCACAAAUGAACAAGUUUGACAAAUUAUGCAACCAUUUUUAUGAGGUUGAUGAAGUAGCUGCUGAGUCAGAAGAGACUACCGAAGACCUCCAUGAAACAUUACAUAUGUUUAGCUCUAAUAUGUCCACAAAGGACAGUGCCCUUAUUGAAGAAAACCUCAAUGAUGAUUUUAAUCCAAUCAAUAGUAAUAGAAUUCACAGUCCAAAACAUGUCAAGCGCAAAGGUCGUCCUCCAUCUAAAAGAAAAACAUCUGUCGCCGAAACGAUCACCAAGAGGUCAAGGAAAUGA